ACAGACAGAGGGUCCUGCUGCACCUGAAACUUGCAGCAAGGAAGACUAGAGCUUUCCCCCUUAGCGAAUGUUUUGCUGGAGCAAUUGUACAGUAUUUCUACAGGAACACCUCCACAAAGGAGCGCAAGUAACAGAGGAAAGGAAUGUGAGUGUUUUCUCUCCCACACACAAACACGCUCUAACAAUUAAGUGAUUCACAGGUCAGCAACCCGGAGGGAAAGGCAGUUUGCAGAAAGGCAACUUUUACUUUCAGCCUUGGCUCACAAGUAGCGCCCUGGACUUCAGGAAUGACUGAUUGCUCUAAUCGGAUCCGCUCUGCUGGCUGCUCCCUGCUCUUGACCUGGGCAUAGGGGGUGAGGGCAGCAUUCCAGCGGUGCCCUCGCCACGCGCGCGUCGUUCUAACAGCUGCAGGAGCUCCGGGGUUGCGGGACUGGCCAUAGGAAUUGCACUGGAAUGUCGGCGGGCUUGCGGUGGCUGGUCUUACACCACCGAGCGGAUUAUUUCACUGGUUACUAGGAGCUGCUUUAAUCGGGUUCACUUUCAGGGACUCUUACAGGUCAUUCUGAACAUGAUAAGAAAAUGCUUUAUGUAUUCUGUUUGGAGACUAAUAGUCCUAUGGAGUGUGAUACAUGAAAGCCAGGAACAAUGUGAGUCAGCCAUUGAGAAGUCUUCAAUGGACUUAAAUGUAAAAUAUAAACUGCUUAAUUUUGUAUCUGAGACAUCAGUACAGAACAUUGUGAUAUACAAACAACAUGUGUAUGUUGGAGCAUUGAACAAGAUAUACGUGCUGGACUCCUUUGACCUUAAGAAGGUUUCAGAAUACAAUACUGGACCUGUGUUCGAGAAUCUGUCCUGCUUACCUUGUGAGAGCUGUCAACAGAAUCAUGAGUUAACUGGCAACUGGACAGACACUGUAAACAUCUUGCUACUUAUUAAUACGUAUUAUGAAGAUCAACUCAUUAGCUGUGGGAGUUCGAGGAGAGGAGUAUGUAAUCGACAUGUUUUCCAGAUGUCCAACACACAAGAUAUAGACAAGGAGGUUUAUUGUAUGUACGCAUCUGACAACAAUAAGGAAGGAAAAGGAUGUCCAGACUGUGUUGUUAGCCCGCUGGGUAGCAAAGUUGUAGUUACAGAACAAAAUAAGUUUGUGUACUUUUUUGUUGGUAAUACAUUUAAGGCCACAGAUAUUUUAGAAGACUCAUUAUAUCAUUAUAUUUCAGUGAGGAGGUUGCAAGAAUCACAGAAUGGUUUCCAGUUUCCUUCUGAGCACUCCUUCUUGGAUGUACGGAAAGAUUUAAGGAAAUUCUUCCCUAUCGAGUAUAUAGCCGCAUUCGAAAGUGGAUUGUUUGUUUAUUUUCUGACAGUGCAGCGUGUUUCUCAUAAUUCUCCAGCAUUUCACACUAGGAUUAUUCGACUGUGUUCAUCAGAUUUUGAAAUGCAGUCCUAUGUGGAAUUGCCAAUCGAAUGCAUGUACACAGAGAAAAGGAGAAAACGGUCAACAGGUCCAGAAUUCUACAAUCUUAUCCAAGAUGCAUAUCUAAGCAAACCUGGAGAAAAUCUUGCCAAACAAAUGAGUAUUUCUGUGGAAGAUGACAUCCUGUUUGGAAUAUUUGCACAGAGUAAGCCAGAAUCUCGAGAACCAACAAAAAGGUCAGCUGUAUGUGCUGUUCCAAUCAAAAAAAUUGACGAAUUCAUCUUCAACAUGAUGAAUAACUGCAGUACCAAACGUCUUCAUCAUUUUGCUGGAGAAAAUACCAAAUAUUGUAUAAAUAAGGCUCCCCAAAGUGCUUCCCACUGUGGAUCACAUACUAAUGAAUAUCGAGUGGAAGUAACUACACCAAUGCAGCGCCUUGAUUUAUUCAUGGGACAGUUUAAUAAUGUCUUAUUGACAUCUAUUUCGGUAUUCCCCAAAGGGAAUCUGACAGUUGCCAAUAUAGGAACAUCAGAGGGGAGAAUCAUGCAAGUAAUUCUUUCAAGAACAGAAAAAACAAGACCUCACAUUAAUUUUCACCUUGAUGAUAACCCAGUGUCUCCAUCCAUGGCUAUUGAUGAAUUUGCUGGAUAUGUUCUUAUUGUUACUGGAAACAAGGUGACAAAGGUCCCUUUAUCUGGACCUGGAUGUGACCAUUUCAGAGCUUGCAGUGACUGUCUCUCUGCACCAUUCUUCAUGGGUUGUGGUUGGUGCCAGCAUAACUGUACCACCAGGAUGAAAUGUGAUCCACAGUUAUGGACUCAGCAGUAUUGUCCACCAACAAUUUUACAGCUGCUACCUUUACAAGCCCCUUUAGAUGGCCGGACAAACCUUACAAUUUGUGGCUGGGACUUUGGUAUUGACGAAGGUAGAAGAUUUAACGCAAAGAAGGUAUCCAUUGAUAUUGGGGGAGUUCCAUGCAACGUGGAAGAGAAACAGAGCAGCCAAAACAGGCUGGUGUGCACACUGCAGGGCACAAACACUACAAGCGCAAAUAUUACCACUACGAUUUCAAGUGCAGGACUUUCAGAUGAAACAAAUGUCUUUUCAUUUGUGAAUCCAGAACUAACAGAUGUCUUCCCAACUUUUGGACCCAAAUCAGGAGGAACAUUGCUAACACUUAUGGGAAAACACUUGGCUAGUGGAACUUUCAGGGAGGUCUCUGUCGGAGGAAAAGUCUGUGCAUUUAAAAGUGUGUCAGAUACGAUGCUGGAGUGUUAUACUCCUGCCCAGAACAAGGCAUCUGAGUUAGGUGUUAAGCUAAAAAUUGACUCUGCAGUACGGAAAACAAAUGUUCAGUUUAUAUACAAAGAAGAUCCAGUUGUCCUAAAAAUCGAACCAGCUAGAUCAUUCCUUAGUGGAGGAAGCACCAUCACAGCACAUGGAACCCACCUGACGUCACUCCCAUCUGCACGGAUGCUGAUUCAUGUACCCCAAAAUGGAAGGAAUUUCACAGUUCCUUGCAGGAACCGUAGCGAUUUAGUGGUAAUCUGCUGUACUACUCCUUCAAUGAAAGACCUGAACCUAAAAGUGCCUCUUUAUACAAAGGUGUCCAUCAUCUCUGGAAGGUUCCUCUCUACUUUUUUUGAUUUCACUUAUGUGGAGAAUCCUUCAUUUGAACAUUUUGAAAAGCCAGUAGUGGUUUCAAAAAGCAACAAUUAUCUACUUGAAAUCAAGGUAAUUAAUAUCGAUCCAGAAGCAAUCAAAGGUGAAGUCCUAACAGUCGGGAACAAGAGCUGUAAGGACAUCCAUAUAACAGCCAGUUCUGUUAUUUGUGCUGUACCUACAGAGCUUAUAACUUCUAACAAUGAUUUUGAUGUAGAGUGGAAGCAUGCAGUGUCAUCAACCAUUAUAGGGAAAGUGAUGGUUGCUGAAGAACAAGGUUUUGCUGGACUUAUCGCCGGAGUUGUCUCAGUACUGGUCAUUCUGCUCUUUAUGCUCAUUGGUUUUGCAUGGUUUAAGAAGAAAAAACAAGCCAAAGAUUUAGGCAAUGAAAUAGUUCGUUAUGAUGCAAGAGUUCAUACUCCACACCUGGACAGACUUGUAAAUGCAAGAAGUGUAAGUCCAACUACAGAAAUGGUUUCAAGUGAAUCUGUCGACUACCGUUCCACUCUUCUAGAUGAUCAGCUACAGGGCAUGUCUCAGAAUGGACUAUGCAGACAAGCCCACUAUCCUCCUCACAUGGAUCUGUCGCCAAUUAUGUCUAGCGGUGAUUCAGAUUUGGCCAGCCCUCUGCUGCAGUCGAACAUUUACAUAGAUAUCAGCACCCUGAAUCCAGAGCUACUGAAAGAAGUUCAGCAUGUGGUUAUUACUACAGAUGACCUGAUUGUACACGUUAAUGAAAUUAUUGGAAGAGGUCAUUUUGGUUGUGUAUACCAUGGAACACUUUUGGAAAAAGAGGGAAAGAAAACCCACUGUGCUGUGAAGUCCCUUAAUCGAAUUACGGACAUGGAAGAGGUGACCCAGUUCUUAAAAGAAGGCAUUAUUAUGAAGGACUUCAGCCAUCCUAACGUCCUUUCCUUGCUUGGCAUCUGCCUUCCCACAGAAGGUUCUCCCUUUGUUGUGUUGCCGUAUAUGAAACAUGGAGACUUAAGGAACUUUGUGAGGAAUGAAAGUCAUAAUCCAACUGUAAAGGAUCUGAUAGGAUUUGGUUUGCAAGUAGCAAAUGGAAUGGAAUACCUUGCAAGUAAGAAGUUUGUCCACAGAGACUUAGCUGCAAGAAAUUGCAUGCUGGAUGAAUCAUUCACUGUCAAGGUUGCAGAUUUUGGGCUUGCUCGAGACAUCUUCGACAAAGAGUAUUACAGUGUUCACAAUAAAACAGGCACUAAAUUGCCAGUAAAAUGGAUGGCUUUGGAAAGUUUACAGACUCAAAAGUUCACUACAAAAUCAGAUGUGUGGUCUUUUGGAGUGCUGCUUUGGGAGCUAAUGACUAGAGGGGCACCACCUUACCCUGAUGUGAAUUCAUUCGACAUCACAGUUUAUUUAUUACAAGGAAGACGGCUUCUACAACCUGAAUACUGCCCAGAUUCAUUGUAUGAAGUCAUGCUGAAAUGCUGGCAUCCAAAACCAGAGAUACGACCAACAUUUUCUGAACUUGUUUCUAACAUUUCAGCAGUCUUUUCUGCUUUUGUUGGAGAACAUUAUGUCCUCAUCAACUCAACGUAUGUUAACGUCAACCAUGUGACUCCUUAUCCUUGCAUUACAUCAUCCCAAGACAAUAUAGAUAGCAAUAUGGAUACAUAACCACAGCUCAUGCACUACUAUAGACUGAAAAACAAACAAAUAAGAAGGAACAUUACUGCUCUGAGGAAUGAGCUUAUUGUUUGGAUGUUUUACAAUGUGUAUAAAACCAAUGCUAUGACAUGUUUCAGCUUAGCCUCUUGGACAUUUGAAACAGUUUAGUGCCUGGUAUCUACUAAUUUUCAUUAUUUUGAAAUGAAUUUUGAUUCCAUUACAGUACUUAUUGUGGAGAGAAGCCGCCAUCUGUACCUUGUAUUGUGAUCGAGUUACAACCAUUAGAGUCCUGCUUCUCAUUUCUGAAGACCUUCUGUUUUUUACAUCUUGCAUACCUCCGGUGCCUGCUAAAAAAUUGAUUCAUUGAACACAAAUGUUCACAAUUGCCAAAAACUUGAAAAAUGGAUAAACAAAACACAUCAUGUGCAUUGUGUGAGGAAGAACAGCUUUAAAAUGUCACAGUUUACAGAAGGCCUUGGACUGCCUUGUGAUUCUGUGCUUCAAACAAUGCACUAGGAAAAGGAAUAUGUUGUUAGUUAAAGACCACGACAGCCAUGCAUCAUCUGUGACACAAAUUCUUGGAAGAGAUUUGAACUCCAUGUCAGAAAAGCAUUCAGCAAGACAUGUUAAGCAUGUACCCCCCUCCCCCCCCCCCACACACACACAGGAUAUAUACACCUCUAAUUUCACUGAUGUGUUAUUAGUUGUUUCUUAUUGAUGUGUUACAUGGGUUUUAUUCCCUUGCUUCCUUUAAAACAGCACCUUAGAGGCAUGGCUUCCAGUGAAGUUAACACUACACUUAUUUGUUGACUCUGCAUCUAAACGAAAGCACUGCUGUCUGGGGAACUUGAGCUAGAAUCAAAAACGUAGAAAUCCACUGUGGAGAAAAGUCAAGAGGUGAAGAAAAAAAGCAGCAACGGCCGAAAUAAAAAAGAAAGUCAAAUACUGAACAAAGGUUAAAAUACAGGUGUCUAAGGAGGAGAAGAAUUUCUUCAGAUUCAUAUCUCAUCUUGUGUUUCAAUACAUGUCUUGCAAACACCCACCCAGAGUGUUGCUGUUUUUAAUUAAAAGCUUUUCAAGUUUCAUGUUUUAUACAUACUUGAUGCCAGUCUCCAUAGAAACUACUCUGCUGUCUCUUCUGAAAUAAGCACCAUAAGUUUAAUUUGAAAUGACAUGAGAUUAGGGUAGAAAUAUCAUCUGGCACCCAUUUUUAAUGCAUUUGUUUGAAUGUCUCAUUCCUGUCUACCUAUUGGUGCAGUAACUACAUGUACAGAGAGAGUCCUGUCAUUAGGGGUACAUGUGGGGUACACAUGAUAUACAUCCAACUACAUGAAGGCUUCAGGCCUAUAUCUUUAUUUAAAUGUUAACUUAUUUCGUUAUAUGGAAAAUGUAAACAGUACAGUUGAAAAUGAACUGAAUUUGUUGCUUUAACAAAGUUUUGUGUAUGAUUUUAUUUUCUGAAACCGUGGGCUGAAAAGUAAUACAUAAUGGUUCAACAACUUAGAAGGAUUUGUGCUGUAACAAGAUAACGCUGCUGUUUUGUUCCUGUGGAAUGUUCAUGUGCAUACUACUGUAUAGAUUAUUUCCUUGUUUAAUCGUGCAGAUAUAAUUUUUGCCAUAAUGCUUUAAAUACUGUUUUUAUAGCAUUUUUAAAACAUUUGUAAUAUUCUCUUGCACUGUGAUUUAAAAUGUUCAUAAAGAUAAUUGUGAUAGAGGAUGAACUGAUUUAUAAAUGAACUGAAACAAUGGAUGACAAAUUCAUAAUGCUUAGUGUAGGCAUUACAGACUAGGGUGUCUAAAGUCUGCAGCCCAUGGCAAUGUGACCAGCAAACAUGACACAUCUAAUAACACACAUAAACAGCACCGUGUUCUUAUCUCUCAUAGUGGAUAUAAGUUUGCAGUUCACUAUUCUCUGAUACUUAACUUGAUGCCGACUCUCACAUUCUCAUUCGAUGAGUCAACAGUAUAUGUUUAAGUAGUUACUGGAUUUCUCUAUACCCCACAGUGACAACCUCUAUUAAUGAUUUGUAAAUAACUGUAAGAAAAAGUCUUGUAUAAAUGAAAUGGCAAUGUUACAUAACAGGUAAGAAUUGCAAAGUGCUGUACUUCAAAAAAUUUCAAUUUCUGGUACUUUUAAAUAGAGGUCAGCAAAACCAGGGCAAGCAUUUGCCUACUUUUAGCUUUGGUGGUGUUAAAUUAUUUCUAAUUUUAGUUUUGGUGCUAGAUUCUUGACCCAUAGAAGAGUAAUACAAUAUUCAUAACUCCUUUUCAUAAUAGCUAAUUAAUGAAAACAACAGAAACAGACAUCAUAAAUGCAUAAACUAACGUCAAAGAUUAUAAACUAAGAACAAGUUGAAUGUUGUACCCCAGUAGCCCUAAAAUCACGUGCUGUAAAAUGAGGGAUUUGUAGCAUUCCCUGGUCCAAAAUUCUAAGAAAAGGCAUUUCAGCUGGAAAAUAGCAGAGUGCCUUCUGAAAUGCAUAAUUUAAUAGUGUCACAGUGUUUUCUUUCCUAUAGAUAGACAGAUAAGUGUGUGUGUGUGUGUCUGUGUGUGUGUCUGUGUGUGUGUGUGUGUGUGUGUGUGUGUGUGUGUGUGUGUGUCUGUGUAUAUAUGUUGUUGUUUGUCUUUUGGCUUUUCCUGGCAAGAGAUCGUCACAGCGGAAUGCCGUUCCGCUAAUAAUUGGCAGUAGAUUUUUUUACGAAAAGCCGAGGUGCCAGCUCGAUGCCCAACCUUCAACGAAGGCAUACCCAUUUACGCAUGCA